AUGACGACUCAGUGCUCCCGCCAAAAACCCUCAGAUCCAGCAGGAGCCUCACCGCCAGCCACUACCGACAAGGAGAAUGCUGCCCCACGCCCACCAGUUCCUUCUUUUGCCGCACUCCCUCCACUCCGACAGCACUACUCCACGAGCACUCUCGAGAACAACUUUCCUAAACAGCCGCCAUACACCAUCCAGCGCCUUGCAGAGCUAGUCUUGCAUCCAAAGAGAUAUUAUCGCUACCUACCGCCCUUCCUCCAAGCCCUCGAUCGUAUCGUUUCCGUCACCAGUACAGUGAACGAAUUCCCUCUUGCUCACGCCAGCAUCGACACGGCAACCACAACCAACUUCCUGGCAAAUGGCGAGCCUGCCGAACACCAUUCCGAGCGCGAAGGCUUAGGAAGUGACGAAAGUCUAGGCGGCGCACUCCUCACUCCCAUUCCGUGGUUAAAGCGCGAAAACGGCCACCACGAUUUCCGCAGUGAAAGUCAGCAGACCAUAGAAGGUCCCAAUGGUGUCGGCGUCAUCGAGACCGUCUCGGUCUCGAACGGCGCAUCACUUUCACCUCAGGAAGAGGACACAAGAAGUCAUGAGCAACAUUUGCGCGCAGAGGGUGGUGUCACACAGGGCGAACUGCUACGUCAAGAGCAGGAAGCCGGUAUUGUACCUGUGGGCCAGGAAGUGCCCCGUCGCACUCUGAUGGCUAGUGGUUCUGCUAACGCCGUCGGUAGAGGCGGCGAGAACACACAAGCUGCAGAGGAAGAGGCAGGUGAGAAGCCCGAGGAGCACGCUCAUGCACGUGGACCUGAAGAGAUCGGAGCCGAGGACAUGGGACCCCAGCCGGACGCAUCUAUCGGAGCCACGAGACCCCUCAAUAUGGAAGCUGCAGCAGGAAGAGCCAAGUCGCCUGAGGUCUCGCGCGAUGACACUGCCACAGAAGGCACGACUGAAGGCCAGGAGGACAAGAAGGAGGAACUCAAGCCCGAACAUAAAUCGGAAGAAAAGGCCGAGCAAGCUGAUGAAGAGAUGACGGACGCAUAG